UUGGCCGGGUGCCCGCCAUCCAUUGAUUAUGCGAUUGUUGUUCCGGGCCGUCUUCUGUCUCACCCUCAUUACCGCGGCCCAACUUGUGACCAGACCCGCCAGAUCUUUGUCGUUUCGGAAGGGCAGCUCCUUUUUUUACAGGGUGAACUUCAAGGUCACGAUGUUCCCUUACACGACCAUCUUCUCACACGCGGCUGGUUUCAAACUGGUGUGGCUGCUUCCAACCGGGUCCGAGAUUACCAGGUUCGUCAGGUCCGUGGACGACGUUCACCAGGCCGCCAAGAUCGUAUACGAGAGCCACGGAUUCGACGGGAGAUCGUGCCUGUUGAAGAACAUCUGUCAAGCGAUGGAGUACGUGAGCCAGAGGGACGGAGUGAUCGCGAAGAUAUUGAAAUUGUUGGCCGGAUCGCACAACGGUACCACGGGUAAUCCUGUUUACUGCGACGUCCACGUAAGACGUUGCCCCCUCGAGUUGAUCGGCGUCGACUAUUUCACGGGCCGGUGAAUCGACGAAACGAAGCCUGAACGAGAUCUGGUUGAGAAAUAUCCGAUUGGAAUAUUGGAAUAUUUUCGAUCGACGAGUUAUUAACUUCGUAAAUUAAUAAAAAUCCUUCUCUAGAGUACAGAGAUUUAACAGGAA